AUGGAAGACAACGAGAUCGUCCCUGCUUCCAACCAAGCCGACUUUUUGCCUGAUUACAAGGAAACCUUCCAGGCCCCUGAGCGUGUCUACGGUCUGGCAGCUCGAUGUGACCCGACUGUCACUUUUGAAGAAUAUGCGCAUUGGGCCCGUUUAGAGCGCGAAGAAGAAGAAGAAAAUAACCGAGUCUAUGUUGAAGAGCGCGGCACUCUGACAUUUUCUAAAGUGGUUAAGAAUCGCUUCUCUAAGGGUGUUCACCAUGAAGCCAAGAAGAGACAAGAGCGAGAAGCUGUGGCUGUUGCGCAGACUACUCAAGCCUCAAGCGAUUCAGAGGAUACCGACAAGAAGAUCACACAGACUACGGUCACUACUACUGACUUGGAGCCGGAGUGGAAAACAGCCGCUCGUGCACUACGAACAGCCAGUUGGGGCACAGUAUUCUUCCUGAUCACUACCGACAUUCUCGGUUGGUCUUCUUGCCCUUUCGUCUAUGCUAGUCUCGGAUUCGGACCCGCAACCGCUCUCUAUAUUAUAUUCGGUAUCGCCGCUGGUUUCAGUGGCUGGAUUCUCUGGAAAGUAUUUUUGCACCUUGACUCAACUCGGUAUCCUAUGUUGAGUUUUGGAGACACCUACUUCCGCGUGUUUGGUCCUAAAGCGCGUCAUUUCAUCAAUGUCACUCAGUCACUGCAGCAAUUCAUGACAGUUUCCGUGCUUGUUCUGGGCAAUGCUCAAACUUUGGCUCAACUGGCGAAUGAGAAGAUCUGUUUCGUUGUGUGUAUGAUCAUAUCCAUGGUUAUUGGUAUGUUUCUUGGUGGUAUUCGCAGUCUUCAACGCCUGGGCUGGUUAACCAAUGCCGCGGUUUGGCUGAACGUUGUCAGCUUCAUCAUUAUUAUGGUGUCUGCAGCCCACUUCGCUCCCGAUUACACCGCCGUCACCUCGUCAACACUGGUCACAGGUACUGGUCCUAUCAAGACCUUUGCUGGCCCCCCACCGGGUGAAUAUCAACAACAAGGCGCAGGUUUCAUUGGCCAAUUCAACGGUGUCGACGAGCUCGUUUAUAGUUAUGGUGGUGCUAUUCUCUUCAUCGCAUUCUUGGCUGAAAUGCGUCACCCCAUGGACUUCUGGAAAGGCAUGAUAAUCGCCCAGGCUUUUAUUUGCGUUGUCUACAUUAUUUUUGGCGCCUUCGUCUACAACUUCUGGGGUCAAUACGCCUCUUCCUCCAUCAACAACUCCGUCAAUCCAUAUGGCCUGCAAGUAGCGGGUAACAUCUUGAGUUUGAUUGUCAGCUUCAUCGCAUGCGUCCUCUACUUUAACGUCGGAAUGAAAACUGUAUAUCUUGAAGUUGGACAGGAAGUUUUCGGGCUUCCCGAAAUCUCAAGCAAGAAAGGCCGCUGGCUUUGGUACUUGCUUGGUCCGGUUUACUGGAUAUUCGCCUUUAUUAUUGCAGCUGCGGUGCCUAACCUGAACGGUAUUGUUGGGUUAGUCGGUGCUCUUCUUAUUCUGAACUUCACAUAUACUUUCCCCGCUCUCCUCAGCGUUGGCUUCCGCUGCCAGGUUGAUUCUGCACUUCCUGGCGAGGGAUUCGAUCCAGUCACCGGUAUCACUACUCGCCACGAUAGUGGGUGGAAGCGAUGGAGUCGUGGAUUCCGAAAGUACUGGUGGGUCAACGUUCUGAGUGUCUUUUAUUUCCUCGGAGGUCUUGCAUGCUCAGGAAUGGGCUCGUGGGCUGCCAUUGAAGGUUUGAUUGAAGUAUUUGGUCCUGGUGGCACAGUCGCAACUUCGUUUGGCUGUGCAGUUCCUGUCUGA